AUGAACACCUCUGAUUCUGAGGGCGAAUACUGGAGGAGCGUCUCUCCCGUGGACCAGGCCUUCUUCGCAGCCAGUGACGGAGACACCGAUGUAGAAGAUAACCCACCUAUCAAUGCACAAACCAAACGACCAGCCAAGCCAGUGCCUGGACAGCGUGUGGAUGAUACACCACGUCCGAAGCGAACAGCAACAGGCACUUCAAACCAGCCAGCGCCGUCCCCGACCAAGACGCUGUCACAAUCCAUGCGCAACCUAUCGAUCACGCCCUUCGCGUCUAUGAAGACAGAGCAAGCUCGGGCGUCUACCUCUAGCGCCCAGCUGACCCCUCCCGACUCACCGAUCAUGCCUGGUGCUCUGCCCAAGACUCCGAAGCUACCGAGCAUAACACUGACCGAUGAUAGUCCUUCAGCGCCUGAAGUUGGCUCGCGCGCCCUGUCAUUAACUGCCAGCGGCUUCUUGCCAUACCCAUCUCUUUCUCCAGAGAUGCGAGCCCGGUCUCUGAAGCCUGCGUCCACUAACGGUACUAUGAGCGGUACUCUGUCUGCCGAGUCCUCGUUUCGCUGGGACUCGGAGUCGAUGCCAUCGCCUACUUCCACCGUCUCGUUCCUGCCUUCUCGUGACACACGCGAUAGCUACGACGAUAUCCUCAAAAACGCCCUCGACGAAGCCGAUAAAGACAUUAUCGCACAUCAUCGUCGAGUCAAGGAGCUCGACAAGCGCCGUAUUGGUUACGGCGUGCAGCUUGAGCUUGCGCGCGGGGUGCAACGCGGGAGGUGGUCUUGGGCGGAUGUUACGCCUUCUCGUAUGAACUUGCUGAGAGGGCCACAUGCGAAGGUCAUGCCCGAGAUGAACAAGAUCAUGGAUUGCGGGCAUAUCUACGACCCUGUGCAUCAUGCUGCACCACUCUGGGAAGAGUUCGAUCGCGAGCAGGCGGCGAUUCUCGAGAACAAGGGACGCGGACUCGGUCUUCUCUCGGGCUCGUUCGAAGGCGCCGAAGACUGGUUCGGCGGGCGCAUUCAGAUUAUUGCACGCCUUGACCGUCCCGGGUCGAUGCAGCCACCUACCUUCGUACUCGAGCCGCCAGAGAUGAAGCGCUCGUACGCGCUUGCGCGUGAGCUGGGAUCGCGCCGACUCCUCGUACUCAAGACCGCGCCGCCUCCACCAGCCGACGCCACGCAGAAGCGCAAGCACUACGAGCCGCCGCUCGAGCUGUUCGCGAGGAAGUUCGUCUUGAUGGGCCGUGUCUUCAUCCCGUUCGACGCGAAGGAUGGGCACGUAUAUGCUGUUGAAACGGAUGAGGACUACGAGCGGGAUCCUAUACCGGAUAUAGGAGACGGACUGCGGCAGCCUUUUUGGGAGUUCAUCAAGAAGCACAACCCUUUGGCGCUUAACUACCGACAGGCGUUGAGUAAGUGGGCUACGAGGCUCGACAUCGGACUAUCCACGUCAAUUCCUGUGCUUGAGUUUGACGAGGAGAACAUCGACUACAUCGAAGACGUCGUCCCUGAUGGUGUUAAGCCUGGUAGCAACGUGGCAAUCGAACAGAAGAUGACGGACGGUAUCGGCUUCACGAACGGCACUGCCCUCUCAGCGAUAGCCAGGCGCAUACACCUUGCUAACCGGCCCGGCGCGGUUCAAGGUCGCAUAGUAGGUAGCAAGGGUCUCUGGCUACUGCAUCCCACCGACCGGUCUCUGGACGAGCCACCUCGCAUAUGGAUCCGCCGCUCGCAGCAGAAGAUCAUCCUGCACGAGCUCAGCCGUACCGGCCGCAUCUUCGCCCUCGUACAACCUU